AUGAUUUAUUGUUGUGUCACUUUUAUCAAUGACACAAAGUACGCAUGUCCUCGGCCUUUCUCCAGUGCUGAUUUCACUUUCACCCUUUGCACCUUGAAAAGUUUUCUGUUUUCCCAGCGCUCAGCUGUCACAGACAUGCUUUCUCUGUCAUUACGGAAAACAUUACGGCCCCUCUUCCUCAGGGUGUCAGGAUGUUUGGGCCGAGAGGGUCAGGUCACAGCGGAGUCGUGCAUGCGAGGCCUCAGCAGCACUGGCGCGUGGACGGGACAGGAGAGUCUGGCCCGGGACGAUCCGGAGAUGUGGAGCCUCCUGCAGCAGGAGAAGGACAGGCAGUGUCGGGGACUGGAGCUCAUCGCAUCAGAGAACUUCUGCAGCCGAGCAGCGCUCGAGGCCCAGGGCUCCUGUCUGAACAACAAAUACUCUGAGGGAUACCCAGGACAAAGGUACUAUGGCGGGGCAGAGAUCGUAGACCAGAUUGAGCUGCUGUGUCAAAAACGAGCUCUCACCGCUUUCGGUCUGGACCCAAAUCUGUGGGGCAUCAACGUCCAGCCGUACUCCGGAUCCCCUGCUAACUUUGCAGCCUACACAUCUGUACUGCAGCCUCAUGACCGCAUCAUGGGCCUGGAUCUGCCUGACGGAGGACACCUUACCCACGGCUACAUGACAGACACCAAGAGAAUCUCAGCCACCUCCAUCUACUUUGAAUCGAUGCCUUACAAGCUGGACCCCAAAACAGGUCUGAUAGAUUAUGACCAACUGGAGAAGACGGCCCGACUCUUCAGACCCAAACUCAUCAUAGCAGGAACCAGCGCCUACGCUCGCCUCCUCGACUACGCUCGCAUGAAGAAGCUGUGUGUAGAGAUUAAUGCCUACCUGCUGGCAGACAUGGCUCAUAUCAGCGGCCUGGUGGCAGCAGGAGUCGUUCCCUCUCCCUUCCAGCACGCCGACCUGGUCACCUCCACUACCCAUAAAUCCCUCCGUGGAGCAAGGGCCGGUCUGAUCUUCUACCGGAAAGGUGUGCGGUCUGUGGAUAAGAAAGGUCGGGAGGUGACCUAUGACCUCCAGGACAGGGUGAACUUCGCCGUGUUCCCAUCUCUUCAGGGAGGACCUCACAACCACGCCAUUGCGGGGGUGGCCGUCGCCCUCAAACAGGCCUCUACUCCCAUGUUCAAACAGUACAUCGCACAAGUGCUGCUGAAUGCCAAGUCCAUGGCUAACGCUCUGCUGAAGAAAGGCUACACCCUGGUCUCAGGUGGAACAGACAACCACUUGGUCUUGGUUGACCUUCGACCUUGCGGGAUGGACGGGGCUCGAGCUGAGAGGAUCCUGGAGCUGGUGUACAUCACCGCCAACAAGAACACCUGCCCCGGAGACAAGAGCGCUCUCACUCCUGGAGGACUCCGGCUCGGAACUCCGGCUCUCACCUCCAGACAGCUCAAGGAGGCAGACUUUGAAAAGGUUGUGGAUUUUAUCGAUGAGGGGAUUCAGAUCGCACUGGAUGUGAAGAAGAAGACUGGAAACCUGGCCACCUUUAAGUCCUUCCUGCUGGAGGACAAAGAGACUGUGUCGCGCAUCGCAGAGCUCCGCCAGCGGGUGGAGCUGUUCUCCAGGCCCUUCCCCAUGCCCGGCUUCACUGACCACUAACAACAACACCACACACAGAAAGGCAGUUUCCCCACCUCACCGUGGACAUGUCCUUUACCCCUUUACUGUAAUCAAUCUUUUGAUAAUGUUGGCAUGGGAACAAGCAUCGCUUCAAAACACAGGUCAUGUUCAUGUCAGUUGAAACGUGCAGCGCGCAGCAACUCAUUACAUUAUAUCUGCACAAUACCAUGACAAAUGUAAGACCUGAUAAAUAAAGAGUCAUAUAAUACAAGUUGCUAAAUAAUUCCGAUAUACUGUAAGUGUUUAUUAAUGUAUUUGUCAACAACUAUAACUCCUCUGGUGAGGCGUCCAUAAGAGGAGGCUGCUGUAUAAACCGAUAAUGAUUAAUGAUUUAGUAAAACACAGUUAUAGUAAUGUAAGAAAUGUUUGCAUGAGAAGCUACGAUUGUUGACAAAUAUGGUACAUUUAUAAAUACUUAAAAUGUCUUUAUAUCUGCUUAAAACUAGUGCGUUAUAAACCAUCUUAUAGGUUUAUAUACUGCGUAUAAAUGCUUAAUGUGGCGCCUUAAACCUGAUUGUAAUUUCAGAUGUAUUAGCACACAUGUAGUGGAAUAAUUUAUUACAGGGAUGUGCAACAGAAUUGGGCAAUUAUGAUUGAAUCUAUGAAAUAUAGAUUUGUAUCGGCGGACAAGUGUUGAUGAGGUUGAUAAUAAUGAUGCUUUUUAUUACGAUUGUUUGAGUGAGUGGCCCGAUCAUGCUGCACAGUAACGUACAUUAUCUUGCAGUUAAUACAUCAACAGCUGCUGCACUCACAUUUUUCAACUUCUCAGGUUGUUUUGUUUUGCCUAAGCUGAGAAAGACUUUAAUUGUUCUAGGUAUUUGGCUUUUUGUCACUAAGCUCUUUUUAGAGCCCUUAUCAACGUCAGGCUUUGUCCCAGGCUGGGAAACAUACAGCAGCUGUGUUGGGAAACAAAACAACAUAGAAAAGGGGAAACAGUUAAACAGCACAAACUAUGUUUUUAGCCUUUUUAUAAAUAUCAUACUAAUAUCACCUUCUAUACCUUCACUUUGAUUUGUGUUGUAAAGGAUUUAUGAAAAAUGGCCAAUGUAUAUACAGUAGAUCUUCUUAA